AUGGUCAAAAAUGAAAAUAAUAAAAUUGGGCUCAUUGGAGCAACUGCGUAUAUUGUUGGAAGUAUUAUUGGAAGUGGGAUAUUUAUCGCGCCAAAGGUUGGUUUUUUGAAAUUUUUCAUUUUUUAAAAAAUGAAAAUUUUGUUUUUUUCCUUAGAUUUAGCUUAGUUUAACUAUAGUCUAGUUUGAUGCAAAAAUUCAGAAAAUUUCAAUAAGAAUUCGCUGAAAUAUGGAAGUUUAAAAAAAAACGAAAAGAAACACAAAUUCAAAGUGCGCGCGCAACGUCAACGCGGAGUCUCGUUGUUUUCUUUUUUUUUUCGCAUUUUUUUAUUUUUUCGCGGGGAAAAUGAGAAUUUGCAUGGAAAAAACUGUGUUCUUCAAUAUUUUCAGAAGAAAACUGAUUUUUUCAAUGGAAAUUUUGUUUUUUUCGAGUUUUCCAUCGGAAAAUGCACAAUAAAAUUCCAAAUAAUUUGCAAAAAUCCUAGAUUUAGCUUAGUUUAACUAUAGUCUAGUUUGAUGAAAAAAUUCAGAAGAUUUCGAUGAGUUAUCGCUGAAAUAUGGAAGUUUUUUGAAAAACGAAAAAAAACACAAAUUCAAAGCGCGCGCGCAGGUGUCAACGCGGAGUCUCGUUGUUUUCCGCAUUUUUCUUUAUUUUUUCUCAAAUUUAAUGUUUUUUUAAGUGUUUCUUAGGUUAUUUUAUAGUAUUUUGGGUUUAAAAAAUAAAAAAAAUAUUUUUUUCAGGGAAUUGUGGAGCAUGCCGGCUCAAUUGGACUCUCGCUUAUUAUUUGGGUGGUUUGUGCGUUGCUCAAUAUGAUCACUGCAAUUGUGAGUUGAUUUUUUGCUGAAAUUUUUCUGAAAACCUGGAAUUAUACAAGUUAUAGAGCUCCAAAAUCCAAUUUUUUCUAGAAACUUUUUGCUAAAAAUUUUCAAAUUGCCUUCAAGGAUUACGGUGUGUGCAAACACUGCGACGCACUUUUGCGUACAAUUUUUCACAGCCUUUUUUUUUGAAGAAAAAUAAAUAUUAUUGCUCAGAUUAGGUUUAGAGAAACAUUGCUCAUAUUAAACUAGGUUUAAAAAUCUUCAAAUUUGGUGUGUGCAAACACUUUUGCGUACAGUAGUUUUUUUUAAAUCCCAAAAAAAAAUUUUUUUUUUUAAAUUUUUAAAUUUCUGUGAUUAAAAUCUGGAUUUCAGCUUGAAAUUUUCAGAAUUUCCAAAAUCAAAAUAUAUAUUUUCAAUUCCAGAACUACAUCGAACUUGGCACAAGUAUCCCAGAAAGCGGUGCCGAGUUAGCCUAUAUCGAUUACCUCGGCUGGACUCCCAUAGCCUUCUCGAUCUUAUGGUUAUCACUUCUGAUUCAAAGUUCAUCAUCAGCAGCUGUUUUAUAUCUGACUUUUUGGGAAAUAUAUUGUUCAAGCGUUGGAGCCGAUCUUCUGCUUUAGCAAUCAGCAAAGAGAUGAUGCUGGGAAAUUUUUUGGAUUCGGACUUUUAUGUGAGAAUUUUUUUUUUGAAAAAAAAAAUUAUAUACCGUAGUUGUUUCGCGACGAGACCCUGUGUGUGUUUCAGCUGUUGCGCCUUUAAAAAACUACGGUUUUUUUUUGUUUUUUUCGGGUUUUUGAUGUUUUUGCAUGAAAAAUCGAAGAAAUAAACGUGAAAAAAGAAAAAAAAAAAUUUUUUUGAAAAAAAAAAUUAUAUACCGUAGUUGUUUCGCGACGAGACCCUGUGUGUGUUUCUGCUGUUGCGCCUUUCGAAAACUACGGUAUUUUUUGUUUUUUUUUCGGAUUUUCGAGGUUUUUGCAUGAAAAAUCGAAGAAAUAAACGUGAAAAAAGCAAAAAAAUAUUUUUUUGAAAAAAAUUAUAUACCGUAGUUGUUUCGCGACGAGACCCUGUGUUUAUUCUGAAACGUAUUUUUUCCAACUUUUCAAAUUUGAAAAAAAAAUCAUUUUUUCCUAUAUAAUGUUUCGUUUUUCGGUUUGCAGGUAAAUUUUUGAUUUUUUUAACCGAGAACCGCUAAAAUUUGGGCUCUACAGCCUUUUUCAGCUCUAUUUGAGCCAAAAUUCCGUUUUUUCCCUGAUUUUUGAGCCCUGGAGCUCAUUUUUCAAGGUUUGGAGCAUUUUUGAUGAAUUUUGACCCCUGAACCUGAAUUUUAAUGAUUGCUAGCUAAAAUUUGGCCUAUUUUCAAGUUUUUCAGCUCUAUUUGAGCCGAAAUUCGGUUUUUUCCCUGAUUUUUGAGCCCUGGAGCUCAUUUUUCAAGGUUUGGAGCAUUUUUGAUGGAUUUUGAGCCCUGAACCUGAAUUUUAAUGAUUUCUUGCUAAAAUUUGGCCUAUUUUCAAGUUUUUCAGCUCUAUUUGAGCAAAAAUUCGAUUUUUUGGAGCAUUUUUUGAUAAAAUCGUGUUUCUUGCUUUAAACAGAGUUAGGCUAUCUCCAUUCUGCCUUUUUUCAUGCAAAAACCUCGAAAAUCCGAAAAAAAACAAAAAAUACCGUAGUUUUUGAAAGGCGCAACAGUUGAAACACACAUAGGGUCUCGUCGCGAAGAGACAACUACGGUAUAUAAAUUUUUUUUUCAAAAAUUUUUUUUUUUUUUUUUUUUUUUUAGAAAAUUUAUAUAACAUUACAGUAUUCCUAACUCUCACCAACAUGUUUUCGCUGAAAAAAUUCGCCGCAAAAAUUCAAAUCAUCUCAAUGUGCUCGAAGAUCUUUGCCACAUUGAUAAUUAUUUCGAUUGGCGCGUUUUUCAUGAUUUUCAAAGGCUACACGGCACAUUAUAGCGGUGCGGAAUUCAUGAGAGGAAGUAAUUUUGAGGCGGGAGCAAUUGUGUUGGCGAUUUAUCAGGGAAAUUGGGCGUUUGGUGGAUUUACGACGUUGAAUUAUGGGACGGAAGAGAUUGAGAUCAAGAAUUUUGAGAAGUGAGGGAUUUUGGGGGUGGAAGAUUUGGGAGAUUCGGGAGGUUCAGCAAAUCUUUGAAAUUCAGAAUCUUGGAAUUCAGGUAGUUCAGGAGAUUCAGAAAAAUUAGGUUCAUGAGAUUCUGAAGGUCUAGAAGAUUUGAGAAAUUCAGGAGGUUCACAAGAUCUUUGAGAUUCAGAAGAUCUCUGAGAUUCAGAAGAUCUUUGAGGUUUAGAAGAUUCGGGCCUAUGAAAUUCAGGAGGUUCUGAAGAUCUAGAAGCUUUGAGAAAUUCAGGAGGUUCUGAAGGUUCAGAAAAUUCAGAAAAAAAUUCAGAAAGGCUCUAGAAAUUCUGAAGGUUCAGGAGAUUCGGGAGAUUGAGGAGAUCAAGAAGAUUUAAGAAAUUCAGAAGAUUCAGUAGAUCUUUGAGAUUCAGAAUUAUGAGAUUCAGAAGAUCCUCGAAUCUCCAAGUUUCCUAGAUGUUUAGAAGUUUCCUUCGAACUCCUAGAUGUUCACAGAUGUUCUAAAGAACCUUGGAAUUCAGAAGAUACAGAAGUAUGUUCAGCAGAUUUUUAAGAUUCGGAAAAUUCAGGUUUAAGAAAUUCAGGAGGUUCAGGAGAUCUAGAAGUUUUGAGAAAUUCAGAAGAUCUUUGAGAAUCUGAAAGUUCAAAAUUAUGGACUUCAGGAGGUUCACAAGAUUCAGAAAAUUUAGGUUCAAGAUAUUCUGAAGGUUCAGGGAAUUCAGCAGAUUCCUGAAAUUCAGAAAAUCAAGAUCUUUGAAAUUCAGGAGAUCCAGGUUUUCCCAAUUCAAAAUUUCUAAAAUCCAGAUUUUCAUUGAAACUUUAACUUGAGAUCCUCUAGAUCUUCACCAUCCAAAAUCAGUAGAACAUCAGACGCUCUUGAUGUUCUACUAAAGUUCAGAUUCAGAAGGUUCAGGAGAUUCAGAAGAUCUAUAAGGUUCUGAAGGUUCAGAAUCAUAAAAUUCAGAAGAUCCUCAAAUCUCCAAGUUUUCUAGAUGUUUAGAAGUUUUCAGCGAAUUUCUAGAUGUUCACAGAUGUUCUACAGAAUCUUGGAAUUCAGAAGAUUCCUAAAAUUCAGGAGAAUUUUUCAUUGAAAGUUCAAGAUCCUCUAGAUCUUCAAAAUCCACCUGAAAAUUCUCUGAAAAUUUCAGAACUCUUCCUCGCGCAUCCCUCGGCGGUCUCUUGAUCUCCGCCGUGAUCUAUGUCUGUGUGAACAUCGCCUACUUCGCGAUUCUCACACCGCAAGAAAUCAUCGCUUCAGAUGCUGUGGCCACGGUCAGUUCUCCUCUUCUUCCACCUCCAGAAUCCACUAAGAACUUCCAGACCUUCAUUCAGCGAACCGUCGGCAAUAAUGCCGCGUACGCGGUGCCGGCAGUCGUCGGAUUUCUGCUGAUCGGCACGUUGAACGGCGAUGUUUUCAGUUGGAGUCGAUAUAUGGUGGCUGGCGCCAGGAGAAAUAUGAUGCCGACGUGUUUUAGUCUGAUCCACGUGGAUAAUGAUAGUCCGAGAGUUUCGGUCUUUUUUCAUGUGAGUCUCUGCGUCUCUGACUGUCUGAAUUCUCUGCACUCUCUCUACGUCUCUAACCUUCUCUGCAUCUCUAAUUGUCUAGUUCCUCAAUUUUUCGAGUCUCUAACUGUCUGCCUUCUCUGCACUCUCUCCAAAUCAUUAUCUCUCUACGUCUCUAACCUUUUCUGCAUCUCUAAUUGUCUAAUUCCUCAACUUUUCGAAUCUCUAACUGUCUGCACUCUCUCUCUCUCUCUCUCGCUCUGCGUCUCUAACCUUCUCUAAUGCCAACGUGUUUCAGUCUAAUCCACGUGGAUAAUGAUAGUCCAAGAGUUUCUGUAUUUUUUCAUGUGAGAGAGAGAGAGAAGUGUCUGCGUCUCUCUAACUGUCUGCCACCUCUGCACUCUCUCUGCACUCUCUCUCUCUCUCUCUCUCUCUCUCUCUCUCUCUCUCUCUCUCUCUCUGCGUCUCUAACCUUCUCACUACCAUUUACUCCCCACAAUAGAAAAUUGCCCCCCUCGGGUCAGACGAGAGACGACGAGAGUCUGAUGACGUCAUCGCUUCGAGAUAUUUUUGAGAAAAUAUGUGUCCCUUUGAAAAAAUACCGUACUUUGUUUCAAGGAACACAAAAAAAGAUAUUUUUGCAAAAUACUCUCGUCGUCUCGCGUCUGACUGACUCUACGUCUCUAACCUUCUCUAAUUUUUUCCAAAAGAAAACAACGAGACUCCGCGUUGACGUUGCGCGGGCUUUCAUAUUUCGGCGAAUUUUUUCAUCAAACUAGACUAUAGUUUAACUAAGCUAAUUCAAAUUUCCACAGAAAAAUCAGUUUUUUUUUUGAAAUUUUUUUUUUGAAAAUAUUUUUUUCCCAAAAAAAACAACGAGACUCCGCGUUGACACCUGCGCGCGUGGUUUGAAUUUGUGUUUUUUUCAAUGCAAAUUUUCUGAAUUUUUUCUCAUCAAACUAGACUAUAGUUUAACUAAGAAAAAUCUUUUUUUUUGAUGAAAAACUGAAAAUAACACAAUUUCUAAUGAAAAAUCAAUUUUCUUUUGAAAAUAUUGAAUACUUCUUCAAAAAUUCCCCCCCCCCAAAAAAACAACGAGACUCCGCGUUAACACCUGCGCGCAUGGUUUGAAUUUUUGUUUUUUUCAAUGGAAAAUCUUCUGAAUUUUUUCCACAAACUAGACUAUAGUUUAAUUAAGCAAAAUCAUUUUUUUUCGAUGAAAAAAUUGAAAACAAGAGAAUUUCUAUUGAAAAAUCAGUUUUCUUUUGGAAAUAUUGAUUACUUCUUCAAAAAUUUCUCCCAAAAAUAAAAAAAAGAAAACAACGAGACUCCGCGUUGACGUUGCGAAAUCUUCUGAAUUUUUUCAUCAAACUAGACUAUAGUUAAACCUUAGUUUAACUAUAGUCUAUUUAACCCCCCCCUGAAAUAAUAAAAAUGAAAACAACGAGACUCCGCGUUGACAGCUGCGCGCAUGGUUUGAAUUUAUUUAUUUUUUAUUCUCAUCGAAAUUGUCUGAAUUUUCUCCACACAAACUAGACUAUAGUUUACCUAAUGUAAGAUUUUCCAGACCCUCACAUCAAUCUCAUUUGCAUUCAUGGGUGACACCGAUACUCUUGUAAAUUAUUUAACAAUCAUCGGAUUGCUCACAACAAUUAUUGUUCUGAUAAUUUUGGUCAUAAUUAAAUGGAAGAAUAUGCCAGUAGCAACAUCUGCUGUAAAAUAUUCAAUAUUUUGGCCAAUUUUGAAUAUUGUUAUAAAUGUUGCUUUGCUUGUGAUUCCGAUUCAACAAGAUCCAAUCAGCUCGAUUAUUGGAGUUUCGAUGUUUGCGGGUGGAAUUGGUAAGAGUUCUUAUAACUUUCAGGCAUUUUUGGGAAAAAUUAUUGCUCAUGUUAGGCUAGAAAACAAAAUUACUUUGCUCAUCUUAAGCUUCAGAAUUUCGGAGCAGGAUUUUAGCUUUUGAAGCAUUGCUCAGAUUAAGCUUUGAAAAAUUCAGAGAAAUUUGGAUAUCGGAAAGAUUGCUCAUGUUAAAAAUCCAGCAAAGGCAUUGCUCAUAUUAAACUAGAAAAUAGCAUUGCUCAUUUUAAGCUUCAGAAUUUUGGAGAAGGAUUUUAGCUUUUGAAGCAUUGCUCAGUUUAAGCUUUGAAAAAUUCAGAGAAAUUUAGAUUUUGAAAACAUUGCUCAUAUUAAAAAUCCAGCAAACUUUAUGAGGCAUUGCUCAUAUUAAACUAGAUUGCUCAUAUGAGGCUUGACAUUAUUAAAACAAAAAAGUAAAGAAGCAUUGCUCAUGUUAACCCAAAUCAAUUUUUUUUUUCAAACAAAAUUUCAAUUUUUUCGAUUUUUUUUGGAUUAACAUGAGCAAUGCUCCCCAAAUUUCUUGUUUAGAAUAUGUCAAGCCUAAUAUGAGCAAUGAUAUUUUCAAGUUUAAUAUGAGCAAUUCCUCUCAAAUUUUUCUGGAUUUUUAAUAUGAGCAAUCUUCUGAAUUUUCAAAUCUAACAUGAGCAAUGCUCUUCAAACUUCAAAAGCUAAUUUUGAAGCUUAACAUGAGCAAUCUAGAGAUUUUCCAGUGCUCUACUUCCUCAUCAAAUAUCUCACAUGGAACUCCUGGACUUCCAAAAUCCUCCACAUCGCUGAUAAAUAUUCCACCGAAUUUUUGCAAAAAAUCACAUGGACAAUUGUAGAUACAGGGCCUUUGGAGAAAACUAGACUAUAG